AUGGCCUCUCCGAAACCUAGCAAAGAGUACUCGAGCAUCAAUAUACCGCAACCGAUAAUCUACAGAGUACCAACGCAAGUGCGAGGGUCUGGGGGUGGCCAAAACAGAGUGCCAUCACUGGUUCGAGGGGCAGAGGGUAGGCACCAAAUCUAUGACCCGGUCCUAGUCUCCCUCGGCCCCUACCAUUACGGCCUCACUCAACUUAGGCCGGUCGAGGAUCUCAAAUCCGAGAUCCUCGACCUGCUCAUCCCCGACAAGCACCAGCAGCAGCAGCUGAUCACGGAUAUACAAAAUCACUCAAACCAAAUCAGAACCUUCUACGAACGCCUGUCGAUACAAAACGACGUCGAUUUGGCUGAAAUGAUGCUCCGCGACGCCUGCUUCCUCAUCUACUGCUUGAAGCAGGCGGACGAGCACCAUGGCAACGACGACAACUGCGUCGUCCUCCGCCGCCUCGGAAUGUCGAAGCUGGCGUUCGUCGUCCGCGAUUUCUUCAUGCUGGAGAAUCAGCUCCCCUAUUUCACAAUCAAAAUGCUGAUCCCCCACACAUGCGAACGCGCUGCCGGUAAAUCAAUCGAUGCGUAUUUCUACGAGCUCGUGAGCUCCAUGAUGAACUGCGAAGAAAAACCGCCGCAGGGGAGAAAAAUCACUCACCUCCUCGACUGCUGCCGUACGCUUCUCGUCGGAGAUAAUAAGAGCGGAGGAGCUGAAAUUAAGGGGGAGAAGGAGAAAUUGAAGGUGGUGAACAGCCAAUUCCAAUCGGUAAUGGAUCUAAAAGCAAAGGGGGUCCAUUUCCGGCCGACGAAAUCGAAAUCGUACCGAUUAACCGACAUCGAAUUCAGAUCUCAUUCCUUUUACGGGAUGCUCCGCCUCCCGAUCCUGCUGCUGGAGAGCAAGACGAAGGUGAUACUGUCGAACAUCAUCGCGAUGGAGAUGUCGCCGGGGAGCGGUACCGAUUUCGCGGUGACGUCGUACGCGAAGUUCAUGAAGUCGCUGAUAAUGAAGGCGGAGGACGUGAAGGAGCUGCGGGAGAAGGGGAUUCUGGUGAUGGCGUGGCAGGCGGACGACGAGGAGGUGGUGAGGAUGUUCAGGGAGCUGGAGACGGAGGGGGCGUGCCGGAGGGAUAUUUUCCGAGGGGUUAGAGAGAGAAUCAACGAUCACUGCAGGAGCAAGACGAAGACGUUCAAGGCGGAGCUGCUUUAUACGUAUUUUCGGAGUCCGUGGACCACCAUAGCUCUCCUCGCCGCCGUGGUGCUUUUGUGCAUCAAUUGCCUCAAUUUUCUGCUGAAUUAUCACAGAUUCGCCCUCCAGCUUAAACGCCAAUGA